AAAGGCAGCCUCCUGGAGCUCAGAGCCUUGCUCUUGGCCACAAACUAGUAUGAGGGGCACCAAGAAAUACUCUCAUGUUAUUGACACACCAGACCCCGGCAAAUGGGAGCUGGCAGGGUAUGAGGCAGCCCUGCCUAUCACAGAAAAGUCAAACCCCAUCACCCGAGAAAUCGACAAAGCUGACCCCACGCAGAUUGUCCAGCUCCUUAAGGACUGUGAUGCCGAGAUCUUUCAGGAAGAGGAUGAGGCCUUGGUUAACUAUAAGAGGCUGUACAGCGACUCGGUGCUGAAGACAAUGAUGGAUAUCGUUGGGAGAGUACAAGAGGUGCUGAAGGAACCAGAUGACACACUCAUCGUCCUGAGCGGUGGUGGAGCUUCUGGCCGACUUGCCUUCCUCAUGGCUGUGUCCUUUAACAAACUUCUGAAGGGCCUAGGGCAGCUGCCACAAUACACGUACAUCAUUGCUGGGGGAGACAGGUCUCUUGUAGCAUCACAUGAGGAUCCGGAGGACAGUGCGCUUCUGGGCAUACAGGAUCUUAACAAGGUCUGCGAAGGGAAGAAGAAGGUCAUUUUCUUUGGGAUUUCCUGUGGCUUGUCUGCCCCCUAUGUGGCUGGCCAGCUGGACUUCUGCAUGAACAACCUGGACAUCUUUGUUCCAGUGCUGGUGGGAUUCAACCCAGUCUCAAUGGCCAGGAAUGAGAAGAUUGAAGAUUUUCACUCCACCUUCUGGCAGGUAGCCAAGCGGAUGGAGAAGCUGCAGGAAUCCCAUAAGGCCUUCAUCCUCAACCCUGCGGUGGGGCCUGAAGGUAUCACUGGCUCCUCGCGGAUGAAGGGUGGCAGUGCCACAAAGGUUCUUCUGGAGACUCUGCUUCUGACAGCCCAUAAGACAGUUUCUAAGGACAGCGAGAUCUCAGAGAAGUGUCUUCUGGAGAUUCUACGCACCUAUGAACGGGCCCACAAAGUCACCUAUAGCCAGAGUAAGAAGAUUGCUGCUCUGGUGAAGCAAGCAGGCACCAGCCUACAGAAGAAGGCCUAUGUGUACAUGGUAGGGUGGCACACACUGGGCAUCAUUGCCAUCAUGGAUGGAGCAGAAUGUAUUCCCACCUUUGGGGCAGACAUCAACGAUGUACGGGGCUUCCUUAUCGGGGAUCACAGUGAAAUGUUUAACCGAGAGGCUGAUCUCAUAGCACAGGGACCAAAAUUUGCUUUCUCUGAAGAAGAUUUUGUGAAAACAAUCCUCCCAUCAUUGACAGAGCUUGACACUGUCCUCUUCCUUUUCACAGUGGAUGAUGACCUUGUUGAGGUGGAGAAGCUGGCAGUUCAGGUGAAGGAGAGGACAUCAAAUAUGCAGGCGCUUUGUCACGCCACCGUUGGGCAGUAUCUGCCAGCCUCUCUCAAGAAGCUCUUUCCCUCCAUCAUAAGCGUCAUGUGGCCCAUCUUGUUUCUGGAAUAUGAAGGGAAUUUCAUCCAGAGGUUCCAAAGGGAAUUGAGCACCAAGUGGAUCCUGAACACAGUCAGCACUGGGGCCCAUGUGCUAAAAGGCAAGAUCUUACGCAACUACAUGGUGGAUCUGAAAGUGAGCAACUCCAAACUCUUCAGGAGAGCAGUCAGCAUCCUGCAGAGGUUCACGGGACACUCGCAGGCCAAGUGUUUGGAAGUACUGCUGCAGGUGAUUUAUGAUCCUGAGCCUCUCACUGAAGAGAUCCAUGCUGCUGAAGUCUCCAAGCACAUCGCUGUAGCAACAGACAAGACCAAGGUGGUCCCCACAGCUCUGCUCUGCCUGCUACGCAGCUGCUCGCCCCAGGAGGCCCGCUCCCGCCUUGAUGCUGCAACCUCCAUACGUGAUGCCCUGGAUGCCGCGCUCAACGCGCCGGGACGCAAACGAGGGGCUGGCAAAUCAGAUCCUGAUGAGAACAGCACAUAGGAGUGGAUGUCAGCCCCUGAGGGCCCUAAAAAGAAAGGGGGCAGCUGACAUUGACACUGCUGCAAGGUGCUGUACUGGACGGUCUUCCAGCCAGAGAUGUUUAGGAGAAGUUGCUUCUGGCCCAUCCUUCCUUUGCCCCACUUUGUGUUGUCCCUCUUUUCCCAGCAAGAGGGGAAGGCAAAAGAGGUGUCUGGUGCAUCUUGCAGGAGGAACUGCAUACUUGGGAAGGGAUAUUUCCUGUGGACAGGGGGUCUUGAAGCAUUUAAAGGGUUAAGGGACCUGAGGGUUUGAACCAUCCCAAGAUCCUCUCUCUGUUGGGAAAUUAGGCUCUUCCUGCAAUUCCCUCCCCUCUUUGGUGCAUUGGAGGUGCAUCUGUGCCACUCAGGAAUAACUGCCUCCAUGUGGCACCUGGAGGUCCCAUUCCUCCCCAAAGCCUGGCUUCCUCAGGCUCCACCCCCCAAAUCUCCAGGUAUUUCCUAACCCAGAUCUCCUGUAAAGCUAUUCAUAACUCUGCCAGGGUGGAAGUAGCUGGGAUUUGGAACAUCCCUGCACUUUCCCUCUUUGGAGGCCAAUUUUCACUGUGGUUCUUCCUUUUUUUAAGGAGAAGGUAGAGUGGUCAGUGUCCUGCAAUCUUCUCACUUUUUGUAAUAAAACAUGUGUCUGUA